GUCAACAAUGUCAGAUAUCUUCCAAAGAUUGGAAACCUUCACUGGAAAGAAAUACCUGGAUCAGCUUAAUCUUAUUCAAAAACUGACGAUCAGAGGGGAAACUGAAACUGAAGAUAAUCCGAUAGAAAAGACUAAAAUGCAGGAAGAACUGAAAAAGCUUGCCAACAAAGAAGAAAGAACUUCAAGUCCAACAGAUCUUGACAACCCUAAAGAAGAUCUUCUACAACACAUGCUAACAGAAGAAACAACAGUACGACAUGCAAGAGGACUUGUGGUUGGAUGUGCUGGUGCUGGGAAAACAACACUCCUCUAAAGUCUUAUGGGCAAAAGUGUCGAAGAAAUAAAAGAAAUAAAAUCAACAAGAGGACUUCAAGUUUACGAACAUAUAUUUACAGUGACAGAUGGGUCUUUACUGG